CCGCCCCUGCAGACACGUUGUCUCGGGAGAAGCAACACGGGCCGCUCGCUGGGCUCUGAAGAUCUCCGCAUUCGCUCUCAACACGUACGACACAUCGCCACAGCUCCGGCCCCGAAUACGCGCUCCAUUGCCCCGCUCAACAAAAGGAAAAGGACCGGUCUGCUCCACCCUGGGAAGGUAGGUGAUGGUCAGUGGUAGUUAAAGCCCACAGCCAAGGAUGUCUGCUACAGAUUCGGACAACUCCAUUGACUGGCUGGCUAGUGACACUGAGGACAACAACAGUGAACAGGAGUUUGAGAGGAAACAUAGCCAAACAGAUGCUCUUUCGACGGACAGCCGCUGGAGCCGUGAGAUCCAGGAGGCGUCCACAAGAGGGCCUCCCUCCAGCUGCAUGGAGACAUGGAGCAGGGACGCCAUUGAACUGUGUAAAACACAAGGUGAGAAGAUGAAGAGACGACGCAGCUUCACAGAGGAGGACGAAGGACGGCUCAUUUCCAAUCAGUCAGAGAAGGGCCGACUUUUCACCCAAAAGUGCAUGGAGCUGCAAUGCUACAUCCAGCCACUGUCUUCGAUCUUGAAUGGUCUUCGUUCAGGGAGAUACCGAGAACGACUCAGCAGUUUCCAAGAGAGUGUUGCCAUGGAUAGAAUCCAAAGGAUUCUGGGUGUUCUGCAGAACCCUUGCUUAGGGGAGAAAUACAUUAGUAUCAUUCUUAAAAUGGAGGAAAUGCUAAAGAGUUGGUUCCCUAACGUAAAACCCCAACACCAACAGGCUAUCACCCACGCAGAGGAAGUCGUUCCUACAAAGAAACUGAAGCGCCACCCCCACCCCGAGGCAAAUCAGCCCCCGAGCCUGUGCUGUCCUCCUGACCACGCAGCAGUCCUGCCGGCGGUCCCGACAGUGGACCUCCCGACACUGCUCCACGCUGCCAAGAUCCACAGAUCAGUGUAUGCGCACAAAGUGCAAAAUGACUGCUCCGAAGCACACGAGAUGUCACGAGACCAGAACGUGCCCACAAAUCAACCACAUCACUGUCUGUCCCCAGUGACACACACUGAAGGAGUGAGCCCAGUCACCAUCAGCGAUACACCGGUGGGUGCCAAACCACUGCGAGUCACCGACCUCACACCCCCUGGAGCUUACUCUGCAAGCAACCUUAAAUGGCUCCACACAUCCCCCAUCUGCUCCCCUACAGCAGAGCAGGCCCAGGCGGGCCCUCGGCAUGUAGCACCCCCUAGAGACAUAACGCAGGAUAGCGCCGUAUCCUCCAGCACCGACAUCCCCGCUAACACAGACUCUGUGCCUAGAGGGCCUCCGCCAGGCAAAAUCAACGCACCUUGUCUAGAGCGCCUCCUAAAGUCGACAGAAAGCAUCAUCACCCGCAAAGGGACGUCAGGAUUGAUGGACAGCAUUUGGUCCUAGUCCACAUGGGGGGCUGCUUAACAUGCAGCUGAGCCUUGACUACUCUACUAGGGGGGCCAGUUAACUCACUUUGCCCAUUCCAGCCUUCAGGUGAGACCUGAGCCUUCAAAGGGGACUUGGCAGGUUUACUUUUUAGCGUGGAAGACAAACAUGUUGUACUAUUCGUGUGGGAAUGUGCUUUCUCUGAUACGACAAGUGUCUGCUAUAUUUCCCUUUUGAUUUACUUUUGUUUUGUCGUUUGCACUCUUGGGUAGCAUUUUUGAAGGUGGGAAGGAGAGCAAUUUCACCUUAACUGGAGCAGCGUUCCCACUGUAGAUCCAAUGGUUUUGUUUGAGAGUUUGUAAAAGCGCCAUCUUGCCUAUGAGGUGGAAGUAGUUUGUGCUGGAAGGAAGUGAGUCCAAUCUCUAGACAUGUGGUCAACAGCGGCCUACGUAUUUGUUGUGCUGAAAUGUGACAUUAUUUUCUCGUCCUUCUCAUGACUCCACUCUGUCAACUUUAUUUUUGUAACUGUUACUCAUUUUCAUACUUUGAGAAUAAGUCUUUUGGUACAACUGUUCUACCUCAGCGGGCGCCACGUCACAGUUGACAGGUGAGCGUAAGAAUGUGAACGCAUCACUCAACCUCUCCGGACACCUCCGCGGAUCUGCAGUGAGCCACACCGGCAUCAAACAGGAAGCUCUGCAGCACGAGCCACCCUGUUUGGGGACGCUCCCACUGCAGGGAUGCUCUCGUGGUGCCAUUGUAAAGAAUGUCCACCGAGUCUCCCAGUCGAAGGCAAAACAGUGCCUGUAAACGUAAAGCUGUGCCUGUAUGCACAAAUUUGGGACUUCCUGCUCCAAGGCAGGAUUGUACUAAUCAGGAAUUGUCACUCUCCUGCCAUUAAUUCUCUUGGAAUGCGUAAAUUAUUCAGUUCUUGCCAACCCGCUCUAGUGGUGGAGUAGAACAAUUGUUAUGUGUUGCCACAGAACUCAGACAGUAUGCCAGACCAGCAGAGAGGGGCAAGGUUUUUUUUCCCUCUGUGUAAACCCGACAGAGAGGUUAUUGAUUUAUUCUGAAAAGUGGCCUUUAUAGUGUGAAAUUUUAUACUUUUAAAAUAAAUGUGUGUAUAUUUGUUUGACGCAAACACGCUGUUGACUGUUUCUGUUGUGGCGUUCAUAAGAAAAGGCUGUCUGAACAUUUAUAUAUUAAUAUUUAAGGUUUUUAUAUUAUAUAAUCCUACAUUUUCACCUUUUGAAAUUUCAACAACUUCAUAACAUUUAAAAAUAAAACAAAUGAAUCAAAUUUAAGUGAACAUGGAAUGGUACAACAUUUCAAAGCCAUUAUGUAACAAAUAUUGAACGCAACCGGACAAAAUUGUUAAGGCACUAUUGCACCUACAGGAGGUAAAAUAAAAUAGACGAGAAGAGAAUAUAAUGUUGUUACUUCCUUUGCAGCUCUAAUUGCUUCCAUACGUGUGAAAAUAUUUUCUACAAGAUCUACAAGGGUCUGUCUGUGUGGUUAAUGUCCAUUCAUCCAGAAGAACAUUUGUAAGGCCAGAGGUCACUGAUGUUGGCUCACAAUCUCUGUUGGUGUUUGAGGUAAGGCAGUCCAAACAAAGAAUUAUUAGAUUUGUGAAGGCAGAAAUGCUGAUAUAGCUCUUUAUUAUACUGUACAUGCACAACAUAUACAUUUGAAAAUGCGUAUUGCCUAAAGUAACGGU